GAAAAAUAUACCCAUGCGGGUAAAGGUCCAAGACGGUCCACUAUAGUCCCUAUGACGAGAUCGGCAGACUAUAGCGCAGAUUACUUCUAGAAUAAAAGACUAUCAUUAGUCCCGACCGAGUAAUUGUGUUGAACAUACCUAUUCCAAUUUUGUCGGCGAACGAAGUAUCAACAUGCCAGCACCACACAAGAACCAGAACUCCGUGUUCAAUCACGUCGCAAUUUCGGUGCCAGAUCUCGAGAAGGCAGUCAAUUGGUACCAAGAUGUUUUUGGCUUUCGUCGAAUCCGAAGUGAUCGGGCGACAGAUCGUGCCGAAACACCGGACGCACCGAUCUUCAAAAUCUACCCUGCAUCAAUGAAGAAGGUGAAGUGUGCAUGGUUAGCAUGUGGCAACGGUGUCGGCUUUGAGGUAUUUGAGUUUCAGGAGCCGAAGACGAUGAUACCGAAAGUUGCGAAGGAGGAAGGAUUUGAGUACGCUCGUGGAGGUUUUUUCCACAUUGCAAUCACUGUUGCUGAUCCUGAGGCCGUGGCGAAGAAGUGCAUCGAGUCAGGCGGAAUUCAAAUUGGCGAGACUGUUGAAAUGUACGGUGAAAGGGCAUUAUAUACAGCAGAUCCUUGGGGCAAUGUCAUUGAGCUUCUAAGCUGUAGCUUUGAGCAACUGAUGGCAAAUAGGGGAUGA